GCCGAGCAGACCGCACCGCUCGUGCUGUGUACACGCCGCACCACCGUGCGACGCAGCUUCCGCCGGCGCGGGACCAGCAUGAAAGUGCGCUGACCGAUGCGGGACUCCCAGCACUACGUCAUCAUGGGAACAGAUGAAGGCUGCGGUGACGUCAUGACGGCGGAGGAAAAGGCGGCGGAAAUGAGGGAAGAGCUGGGAGACUGCACGCUGCCCCAGUCGACCGUCAAGUCGGAGAAAACCUCCACCACGGGCUUGCGGUGCGCGGCGCCCGCCUGCUUCUGCCCUUCCUUCUGCCCCGGCCAGGAGGUGAUGCGGUCCUGCGACUCCUGCGGGCACGGCUGGCUGUCCCACGCGCUGCCGCAGCUGCCGCACCAGAGCGACGUGGAACACGCGGCCUCCCUGGUGCUCUACGGCUGCCAGGCGCUGCCCAUCCGGCUCAAGAUCCUGCUGGACAGGCUCUUCUCCAGCGUCGGCCGUCGACAGCUGGCCCAGCUGCUGCUCCAGUUCGGCUGGACGCUCGACGACUACGCUCGCGGCUACAUCGUCCGGGACGCGUGCGGCGAGCGGCUGGACUCGUGGCAGAUGUGCUCGGCGGAGGAGGAGUCGGCGCUGGUGCGCGCGUGCGUGCGCUUCGCGGACACGCACUCGCUGGCGCUGCAGCUGCUGGCGGCGUGCGACGGGCCGCCGCCCCACGCGGGGGUGGGCGCCGCCGCCCACCACACGGCGCACGCGCUGCCGCCCUCGCCCGCCAGGACGUCGCCGCCCGCCUCCCCGCCCCAUGCCGCCCCCGGCAAGGUGCGGCUGCCGCCGCUGGAAGUCCUGCAGGACGCCGCCCCUUCGCCGCUGCUGGCCGCUUCCCCCUCGCCGUCGACGUCCGCGUCGCUGUGGCCGGGCACGCGCGGCAGCUCCACCCCCGCCGUCCUGGCGUCGCCCGGCGCCAGCAUUUCCGACGGUGGAUCCUCGGAAGAGUGUAACGGCGCUUACGAGACUGCGCUCGACCUGAGCCGGGAUGGCUGCUCCCCGAGGCCAAAAUCGGGCUCCGGGAAAAUGGGCAAGGCGUCCGGCUGGAACUCCAGGAGCGGAGGCGUGAGUGCGACGGAGAUGCAGUCUGGCGGUUCCCAGGGGAAGCCUGCGCUGGGCAAGAAGCGAGUCCAGUGCAACGUCUGCCUCAAGACCUUCUGCGACAAGGGCGCGCUCAAGAUACACUUCUCGGCUGUCCACCUCCGUGAGAUGCACAAGUGCACGGUACGUAUCUCACUUGUACCUAAGUGCACUUUUCACUGA